UCUGCCAGUCACGCAGGGAGCGUGACCGUCGACAGGAUUUGGACCUGGUGCCGACUACGCUCACGAAAAUCAGUUGCUCUCCGACGCUUGCCGGGGAAUCUUCCCGCCUCUCGUCGCUCUUCGGAACUGAACUACCAACGAAUGCAAACUUCGAAAUAGUUUGCUUCUCAAAAACACUUUGCAGACACUCGUUUGUUCAUGCAACGUUGAGACUGGAAGGCAUUAGACUAAAUUGGAUUAACCGCGAUCGAGUGUUUUGGCUUGUUUCAUACCUUAGAAUCUCACGAAAAAAAUAACGAAUGAACUAUGUUUUCUCUCCCUCGGAAAUACACACCGGGCGUAAAUGAACGAGAGUACGACGUGCCACAGACAUUCGCUUUGUAACAAAAAGUUAAUCGAGGUGACAGAGAAAAACUUAACGGUCAAAGUGUCGGGUAAAGGAAAAGGAAUAGAGGAACGUAUCCCGCGCCUGCGAGCGCGUGGAGCGUGUGAAAGAGUGGCUAUGAGUGCGUGACAGCAAGACGCGAUUGAAACGCACAAAGUUUUAUUUCGUUUUUUCUUAUUUUUUCAUUCCUAAAAUUUAAUACUCUCACAGAGAGCCCGGAUCUCGGUGUCUAGUGUGAGUGUGUGUGUGUGUGCGCAUGUGUGUGGCUGUGUGUGAUUCAGUGAUAAUCUCCCGUUGCGCUCGAGGUGUACAGCGCGGGAAUAUUCGAACUAGCGCGCACCGGAGUGCGAGUGCGUUCGUGUGCGCGUGUGAAGACGACUGCAUACCGAGUGAAUCGCGCGUAACGCGAGUGAAUUUGUGAGCCACAGGAUACGAAGUGAAACAACACUUUUGAACGAUGGAGAACCUACGCGUCCACUCGUUCGUCCUCAUCUCGUUGAUUCUCACUCGUGCUUGUGUGAUCCUCGUUCACGGACGCAGCAUCACGAGUCUCGAAGCACCUCGAGGCUGCGAAUGGGUGAGAGAAAGCAGCACCGCCGACGAUGAAACAGUAACUACGAGCGUCAGCGAACAACAACAGACUCUCGUUUGCCGCUUGAGAACGAUAGCGAACGCGGCGUCUCUUAUCGGUAACCUUUCCAGCAUUCAAGCCGACGCGGUGACCUCCCUCGGAUUGGAAUGCAACGAUGCUCUCUUCUUCGAAAGCCAACUGGAACAACCGGGAACACACGACUUUCUUGCACCUCUUGGGAAACUCGAAAAAUUACGGUUGGACUACUGCAAGAUUCGCUAUCUACCAGGUGGCGCGUUCGCCACUGCUCACAAUUUGCGGAAAUUGUCGGUCAGAACUCACAACGGUGAUUGGUCCGCAAUGACUCUGGAUGUGAGCCGCGACGCGAUGCGCGGAUUACCACAUCUUCGGGAACUCGAUUUGGCAGAAAAUAAUAUAUGGAGUCUGCCGGCGGAGCUGCUCUGCCCCGUACCAACUCUCGCGAGGCUCAAUCUCACGCGCAACAAGUUACAGGACGUCGUGUCUCUCGGCUUCUCCGACGGUAGCGGUCCCUCGUGUACCCCGAAUCUCGAGAUCCUCGAUCUCAGCAACAACGAACUCAGUGCCCUGCCCGAUCGCAGUUUCAGUGCUCUUCGAAAUCUCGGAAUUCUCAUGCUACAAGACAACGAUGUGCGACACGUGGGCGAUCACGCUUUGGCCGAACUCGCGGCCCUACGCUCUCUCAACAUCUCGAGCAACAGGCUCGUAGCUCUACCGCCCGAAUUGUUUUCUGAUACAACGGAAUUGCGGGAACUCGUACUGAGCAAUAACUCACUCGCAGUACUCGCGCCGGGGCUUCUCGACUCCCUUGAGAAACUUCAAUCGCUCGAUCUCAGUGGCAACGAGUUGACGAGUCGUUGGAUCAAUCGAGACACAUUUUCGCGUCUAGUUCGUCUCGUUGUUCUCGAUUUGUCGUUCAACGCUCUGACUCGAAUUGACGCUUACGUGUUCAAAUCGCUGUACAGCCUGCAAGUGCUCAAACUCGAGCACAACGACAUAGACACCCUUGCGGACGGUUGCUUCUCUUCAUUGCGAAAUCUUCACUCCCUCACACUAUCGCACAACAAAAUAGUACGUUUCGAGCCAGCGCAGAGCGCCGGGCUCGCCGCUCUCGUACAAUUGUUCUUCGAUAGCAACAGACUUCGGGACUUGCACCAUCACGUAUUUACGAAUGUAACCGGGCUUCAGGAUGUUUCUAUAAGUGGAAAUUUACUCAGCGAAGUUCCCGGGGCCGUGAGAGAACUGAGAUCGCUCAAGACCCUCGAUCUUGGCAACAAUAACAUUGCGAGAAUCGACAAGGAAUCGUUUGCCGGACUGGACGAGUUGUACGGGCUUAGACUGGUCGAUAACAAGCUUGAAAAUGUAUCGCGCGAAGCUUUCUCAUCGUUGCCAGCUCUUCAGGUGCUCAAUCUCGCCAGCAACAUGAUUCGUCACGUGGAACAAAGUGCUUUCGCAUCGAAUCCAAUGCUUCGAGCGAUAAGACUCGACGGCAAUGAAUUAACGGAAAUACGCGGUGCAUUCACCUCACUCUCGACUCUCGUUUGGCUCAACGUAUCGGACAAUAAACUUUUGUGGUUUGACUACAGUCAUUUGCCAAACAGCCUCGAGUGGCUUGACAUGCACAACAAUCAGAUAAGCGAAUUGGGUAAUUAUCACAUGGUCCACGCUAAUUUGAAGAUCAAAAUGCUCGACGCGAGUUACAAUUUGAUCGAAGAAAUAUCGGAUUCGAGCCUACCGGACAGCGCCGAAACGAUAUUUCUCAAUAACAAUAAAAUUCGUAACGUAGCCUCGGGGACCUUUUUGAAAAAGAGUAACCUGGAAAAGGUCGUAUUGUACGGUAACGAGAUCAGGCAUUUGGACUUGGCUGCUCUGAGCCUUCAGUCCGUACCUGAGAACAAAGAUAUACCCUCGUUCUACAUAGGAGACAAUCCCAUAUUGUGCGACUGUUCGAUGGAAUGGUUGCCCAAGAUAAACGAAUUGUCGAGACACCGACAGCAUCCACGAAUAAUGGAUCUGGACUCGGUAACCUGCGAAAUGGUUCACGUUCGAGCGACUCCCCAUCGUCCAUUAUUGUCCCUCAAACCGAAAGACUUUUUAUGCCGUUACGAAGCUCAUUGCUUUGCCCUCUGUCAUUGCUGCGAUUUUGAUGCCUGCGACUGUGAGAUGACCUGUCCCGACAAUUGCUCCUGUUAUCACGAUCACAGUUGGUCGAGCAACGUCGUUGAUUGUUCGAACGGCGGCUAUAACGAGGUACCCGAGCGUAUACCGAUGGACGCUACCGAGAUUUAUCUCGAUGGUAAUGAACUCGGUGAUCUCGGUAGCCACGUGUUUAUCGGUAAACGACGUUUGGAGGUACUGUUUCUCAACAACAGCGGAAUAUCGGCGCUGCACAAUCGUACCUUUAACGGUGCCGCGGCACUUCGGGUUCUUCAUCUUGAGGGUAAUUCGUUACGAGAACUUCGGGGAUUCGAGUUCGAUCAGCUGGAACGUUUGUCGGAGCUUUAUCUCGAUCACAACGCAAUUGCGAUGGUCGGCAAUACAACGUUUAACAAGAUGAAGAGUCUCGAGGUACUGAGACUCGACAGCAACAGGAUCGUCGAUUUUCGACCAUGGGAGGCCUUAGCCGGUGCCGGCGCCGGUGCCCGAGUCGCCCUCGAAGGCAACGCUUGGAACUGCGAUUGUACCAAUACAGCGAGAUUACGCGCGUGGCUCAACGUGCACAAUGGGGAUGCCGAAAAGAUGUAUUGUCGCGAUGGUACGGAGACCCUUGCCGAGGCGCUAAGACGCUGCGGCGAUCCUUCCACCGAAGCAGUCAGCCGUGGAAUUCCUGAUACUCCUCUCAUGGGUGGUAAUCUCGUGCCGCUGUUGGCCGGUGCCCUCGUUGCGGUAAUCGUUGUUUGUCUCGUUGUCGCCCUCGCUUUCGCAUUUCGCCAGGAUGUUCGUCUCUGGGCCCAUUCUCGUUAUGGGCUCAGACUCGGAAAAAUGACGCCACCUCCGGACGAGGAACGGGAUCGACUUUACGACGGUUAUAUUAUUUAUAGCGAGAGAGACGAUGAUUUUGUGUCAAGAUGCCUCUCGGCCGAGCUCGAGCAAGCCGGCCUCACUCUCUGCCUGCAUUGGAGGGAUUUGCCGCCGUCCAGAGCCCAGGAAGCUGUACCACCGGCAGCCGCUGCAGCGAAACGAAUCAUCCUCGUCUUCUCUCCGGUAUUCCUUAACAACGAAUGGCAGCAUCCCGAAUUUCGAGCUGCUCUUCGAUGCGCCCUUGACAACAUAAGACAGAGUUCACGGAGAAGACGAGUCGUUAUACUCCUCGCAACCGAGGCCCCUCUUCGGGAUCCCGAGCUACAACUUUUGCUGCAAACUUGCACGGUCAUUGUCUGGGGGGAAAAAAGAUUCUGGGAAAAAUUACGUUUCGCUAUGCCUGAUUCGGUGGAUAAAAGACGGAGGGACAGCGGCAAGAAGACCAAUAACAGCGAGAGAUGCGUCAACGGGACUGGCUUAACCGGGGUUCGUUUACCAGCGCGUUACACGGUCGCACCCUCCGCUGCCGAUCUCUGGUCAAAGCCGAGCGCGGCUUUGGUCGCCCCCGUACACGCACCAACCCCGACACCCACGCAGUCAACCUACGUUAGUUCCGCAUCGAGCAGAACCGAAGACGAGGACAGCGGUGCGGAACAUCAACAUCUCGCUAGUUACGGGACUUACCACGCUGCCAAUGGCCGUCCUGCCAGUCUCGCCUCUAGAGCGAGUCAUCUCUACAGCACGAUACCCGAGCCACCAUUGUCCGCUGUGAAUUCCCAACACCUUGGCACCAAUCUACCGAUCAAUCCCCGUACUUACUUCGUUUAGUGCCUCCAGGUUGUAUGACCCGGUAAUUCCUCGCGUCCUUUGCCCCCUUCCUCGAAGAUCGAUCGACUCGAUCCGAGCUUACGCCCCUUCCCUCGAUAACCUUAGACGUUUUUUUUAGCACCGAAUUUUAAUCUUCAACUUUUCGAGUUAGGAACGUUUACUUGUGCGAUUCGGAGAGCACAAAAACCAUACGUUUGUACGAGAACGUCUUGUUUAUUGCCAAUAUUUAACGAUUACUUUUGGAAGAUUGUAAAAGCCCCACUUCCCCUUCCCGAGGAAUUCCUCCUCGUUUCCCACAGAUGUUCAUUCUCAAGACUGCCUCUGCGAAAGCUCGUAGAAUAAUUCAAUUACGAUAAGAAUGGAAUAACUCUUUGACAAUGUCAAUCAUUUUUUCAACGAUUAUUCGUUAUUCCUUUUGCAACUUUUGUUACAUGAAUUUCUUUUUUAAGAAAGGGAGAAGAUAAAAAAACAUAUUUUUUCGCUGGCUGUUCCGAUUAUUCGAUCGGGUUUUCGUUGUAUAAAAAGAAUAUGAAAAAAAAAAAAAAAAAAAAAAAAAACGGGUGAAUGCGCGUGCGAAUGAUAGAGUGAGACAAAUCUCGUUCCUAUAUAUACAGAUUGCCGACUGUGAGUGUCCAAGUCACUCGACGCUUAUUAGACUCUAAGAGAUUCUAUGUAAAUAAUGUAACUACUUUUUUGUAAAUAGCACACCCACAGUCGAAGCAACACGAAGAAGCCUCUCGACGCUCGCAUUAGUACAUAUUUCUUAGAAAUUGAAUUUCAUUGUAUUAUUGUAUUAUUACUGUAUAUAGGAGGGAAGAUAAUGAAAAGUCAAGAAAAUUGUAAUGAACGAUCGCGUUACGUAUUUUAUUCGUAAUUCGUUACUGUAUUUAAAUUUAUUCACCAAUUACCGAAUUCGACGAAUUAAACAAAGAGAAUAAACACGCUCGUUUUAUAAUGAAAAGAAAA